UGCUGUUCUCUGACAUACAGCAGCAGCUUGUGUUUGAGACUUUACUGCUCUGACAUGGCUGUGUGGUUGUCCCGGAGCGUGAGGCAAAGGAAUGUCAUCCGGUUUCUGGCCUGUCCUGCUCCUGUGGCUCAGGUCUGCUCCAGGUGGGUUGAAACCACCUCUUCCACCCCGGUGACCGUCUCCAGGUCCCAGGACAAGCCUCGCACAGCGGACGACCUCCCUCGAGUUGGCUUCCUGAUGCAGAUGUACAGAAUGGUGUUCCAGGGAUACUACAGCCGCAUGCAUGAGCUCCAGAUCCACGAGAAGCAGAUCUACGGGUCCAUGUACAGAGGAGGACUGAAGUCUGUGUGGGUCAACACUCCACAGCUGCUGGAGGAGGUGCUGAGGAAAGACGAUAAGUUCCCCACCCGAGGAGACAUGACUCUGUGGACAGAGUUUCGUGACAUGAAGGGGUUUGGCUACGGACCUUUCACCGAGGAGGGGGAGAGGUGGUACAAUCUGAGGUUGAUGCUGAACAAGCGCAUGCUGCAUCCUAAAGACGCUGCCCAGUACGGAGGCGUUAUCAAUGAAGUCGUUACAGACUUCAUCAAGAGGAUUUACCAUCUGCGCCAGAGCAGCCCAACAGGGGACUUGGUGACCAAUGUGGCCAACGAGCUCUAUCGAUUCUCACUUGAAAGUAUUGCCUACAUUCUGUUUGAAACAAGAAUUGGCUGUUUGGAAAAGGAAAUCCCAGACGGUACACAAGAGUUCAUCGACUCCAUCGCUCAGAUGUUCUCCAACAGCACGGCUGUGGUCAUGACGCCAAAGUGGAGCCGCAAACUGCUGCCCUACUGGGGGCGCUACAUUGCUGGCUGGGAGGGUAUUUUCAAGUUCGCUAUAAAACUGAUUGACAAAAAGAUGGAGGUCAUUGAAGAACGUGCAAAGAAGAACGAGGAGGUGGAGGGAGAAUACCUAACAUAUCUCCUCGCUAACUCUCAAAUGAACACUAAAGAGGUGUACUCCAGCAUCGCCGAGCUGCUGCUAGCCGGAGUGGACACGACAUCCAAUACUCUGACAUGGACUAUGUACUUGCUCUCAAAGUACCCUCAAGAACAGGACACGCUCCAUAAAGAAGUGUCCUCUUGGUUGUUGGCAGACACCAUCCCCUCAGCUGAAGAGGUUACCCGCAUGCCGUACCUCAAGGCUGUCAUCAAAGAGGCCCUGAGGAUGUACCCUGUGGUUGUUAUGAAUGCAAGAAUCAGUAAAGAAAGAGACGUUGUUAUUGAUGGAUACCAUUUUCCAAAGAAAACAAGUUUCACCUUUAGCCAUUACGCCAUCAGUCACGAUGAGGACACAUUCCCAGAGCCGUUCAUGUUUAAGCCGGACAGAUGGCUCCGGGAUGGGCGGGAAAGGCCCAACCCUUUUGGCUCUAUCCCAUUUGGCUUCGGAGUGAGAGGCUGCGUUGGUCGCAGGAUCGCGGAGAUUGAAAUGUACAUGGCUCUCUUUCGGGUAAUCAGGCUCUUUGAAAUCAGAGCAGACCCCGCGAUGGGAGAGGUGAAGUCCAUCAGUCGCACUGUUCUGAUACCCAACCGAAACAUAAACCUGCACUUUGUGGACAGAGGAUCUAAAAUCACAACUUGAAUUGUUUUGUAUAGUCAUGUCUUAAACCUCAUCAAGCCCAAUUCAAGCUUUUAAUGGAGCAGGGGUGGUGGCCAAGUGGUUAAUGUGCUUGGUUUCAGUUCGGAAGGUUCUGGGUUCAAAUCCCACCCCUGCCACAUUUCUCCAUGUAAUGUGGAGUUGCGUCAGGAAGGGCAUCCGACGUAAAACCUGUGCCAAAUCAACAUGCAGAUCCACCUUGGAUUUGCUGUGGCGACCCCGAGUGCAAACAAGGGAGCAGCCGAAGGGACUUACAAUGAAGGAUCAGUAUCUGAUCCUUAGUCCAGCAGUCAUAAAUUGCUCGUUUCUUCUUGUGUUUGCUCAAACACAGUCCUGCUACAGAUGAAAUCUGCACUAAGCCACUUCCAGCUUCUUUUGGUUUAGUUUCUCUGUUACAUCAUAUUGCUAAUGAUCUUUCGUACGACCACAUCAAACCUUCAUGGCUCUAUCUUGAUCAUCUGUAGCUCAGUUUAAAGUGCACAGUGAAAAGUGGAUUUAGAACUUGUCCAACUCUACUUUCCUAUUGACAUGUAUGUAAUCUGAGCACAAAAUUAGGUGCCAGGUGUAAAGAGGCUGUAGUUAGUCAAUUGUGUGUGUUUUGGCUAUCGCAUGAAUUACACCGAUCAGACUGUCAGCGAUCACUGCCUUCGGAGCUGGUGUGUGCGGAACCACAGUACGUUACUGUUUAGAUGGUGGACUCAGCUGGUUAAAGAAGUGAGAGUUUUUCUGAUGAGGAAAUGGAUUGUGUGUGAGCAGAUAGUUUAUAGAAGCAGCAGUAAUCCACCAAAGCUCCCUGAGGUGAAGCAAUUGAGUAACUCCUUCCUACAAACACCUCCUCCUCCAUCUCCAGUUAUGUGAAUGCCUCCAUAUCCCAUCAGCUGCUGACAGCAUGUGCUCCCCAACCUCCUGGACUGCUCACAGCACAUCCUAUGGCCAUCAACAUCUUGGUACCCCUGCCUGUGAACCUGGGGAGGAAGACAAGCAGUGCAAAAAUGAUGGUACAAACCAGAGAUAUUAAAGUAUUUUUUUUUUUUUACCAUUUAAUUUAUUUAAUUUUUGUUUUCAAUCCCAUUUCUUUUUAGUGUGAUUAGUGGUAAUGAGGAAUAUGAGAGCUGAUGUCAUGUUUUAAAAGGGCUCACAAGUUCUCAGUAGGGUUUAUCAGGUGAGGAAGGAUGUCAUGUCAUCAUUCUGCCACAUAUAUCCAAAUACUCCACUGCUUGGUUCUUCAAUAAAGGCUCUAUUCUACUCUAUUUUAUUUUCUAGUAAUUGAGACUCUGCGAAUUCUGCAAAAACACCAAACAAUACAUGCAGAGUAGAAUUAGUAUGAUACCCUCUAAUUCAGGG